CCGCCCAAAGGCGCAACAACGUGAAAGUAUUAGCUGUUGUCGGUCUCUUUGGUUGUAGUGGUAAAUGUAACUUGAAGCUACGAUAUAUUCCCUUAAAUAAUUUCGCCUACGUCUAACGUUAACGUUCAGCGUCGAGCAGUGUACUUUAUUUUUGUGUUGGAUAAAGUGAGCUAAAUUAUCUGACUGCAGCUAAGUGCUAAGUGAGCAAAACACGCUAGCCGGACGCUGGUUUAACGUUAGUUGCCAGCACAUUUAAUUUGCAGUUAAUAACGUUUCGUCAGUCCAGCGCUGUUGGCGCAUUGUGUGUUUCGUCUGAUUAAAUAGUCCCUCAGCAUGUCGGCUGUUGGGAGCCUUGUUCCUGCACGGUUCUUGACUAUCGUCGCCCACCUUGUCAUCGUUAUCACAAUCUUUUGGUCGAGGGAAAACAACGUGAAGGCUUGCUUGCCUUUGGACUUCACGCAAGAGCAAUACGACGAUGAAGACAGAAAGUUGGUGGUGGCACUGGCGGUCACCCUCGGUCUGUUUGCUGUAGAGUUGGCUGGGUUCUUCUCAGGAGUGUCCAUGUUUAACUGCAGCCAAGGUCUCCUGUCAACAGGAGCCCAUGCCAGUGCCUCAGUGGCUCUUCUUUUCUUUCUAUUUGAGCAGUUGGAGUGUGACAUCUACUGGUGGAUCCUUGCCAUUUGCAGUGCGCUACCUGCUUUUGUGGAAAUUCUUCUCUUUAUAGCUGUGUUUGGACUGAAGAAGAAGCCGUUAUGAAAGACAGUCCUGAUUUGAAAUGCUACAAGUUAGUGUGGAUGUGGACAUCUGCCUCAGUGUAUCAACAGAUAUAGCAGCUACAGAAAGUUUGUGAUUCCUUAAAGGUGUGCAGGGGAAUGAACUGAUCAACAGUGUUAAACUGACUUAUGACUAACCAACAAGCAUCAAAGUAAUGUAGUGGCUGCUACCUGGCUGUAAUGUUUUUUUAAUAUAUAUUUUUAUAUAUUAUGAAUGAAAUAGAUGCAGAAAAGGCUUACGUGUAUUUUUAUUUUUAUCAUAGCCAGAGUGAUUAGUUUAGAGAGGAUGUGUGCCAGAAUGUCAGUUUUAACUUCAUCUUUGUCACGAAUUAGUGGUGAUUUGUCAGUAAACACAGAUGUAGUUCUGUUUCUGCUCUCGCAGUCAGUCUGACGGAUUGUCAUGGAAAAACUAAGAAUGUUGUUGUAAUCCCAAAUACAUUUUGUACAAAUUCUGUCUUUAACUGUCAAUGUUUGUCUCUUCUUUUUGCUCUGAACUCUUUUUGCUCUUCUUGGUUUCACACUGGAUGCCGUGUACAAAUACUUCCUCCUUCAUCCAGAUUAUCAGACCCUGUUCAUAACCAGGGUCUCUUAAUCUAAUGUCCAUUCAAGCAUUUGAAUGUUGGGACAUGUGAACCUUCUCUGUACCAGAUGGAAAGCAUAACAUUCAUGAUUCUCCAAAAUAUUAU